AUGUUAAGAUUUGUUGUUAUUUUUAUGGAUAAUUCUUCUGUGAACUCGGCAAUAAGUCGGUCACACUCAUCUCCAAAUAUUGUACAAGUUCAAAUUCCACCAUCAGAUAUUUAUAAUUUAAAUACAAUUAAUUUUCAAUAUAUGAAUUCUCAUUUUCCAAAUACUUCACAACAUAUCGGUGUAAUGGAACAUCAUGUGAAUAGAAAUUCAAAUGGAACAAAUAAUUUAGUUAUUCCUAACAUUUCUACUGGUGUGCCUUCUAUUUCACAACCUAUACAAAAUUUAUAUGAUUUUGAUAUUCAACAAAUAAGACAUCUUCCUAUACGAGAACCUGAAGAUGUAAUACAAAUAGGCAUUGAACUUCAAAGACAUAGAGAUUUGGAAUUUGAAUAUGCAAGAACACAUCAAUAUGAACCACUUGCUCUUACUAGAACUUAUCAUGUUCAUAGAAAUAAUUUGACUGGCAGAAUAACUCUAAUAAGAGAUUCUAAUAAUGAUUUACAAAGACGAUCUGAUUAUAUAACACCAUCACGUGAUUGCUAUAUAGGAAAUUCUCAACCCCAGCAUGGUAUAUCUUUACAAAGAUCUGAAGAGACUCCUGACAGUCAGGUAAAUUAUGUGCCUUAUCGUCAGCCGUCUUUCCCAUAUAAUUAUGAAGGACAAUUUAUACAACAACCUAUUAUUCAUCAAACAAACGGGUAUCAACAACCUCAACAUUCAAUUUCUACUUCAUUCCACCAAAAUUCUGUUUCACGUCCUUCGACGUUAACUUCACAACGUCAAAAAAGGCCUCAUGGUAAUCCAUCAUCUGGUUCAACUCAAUCAGGAGCCUCACGCUUGCCAAAAAUGAGAAGGGUUAACUCAACAGUUGAAGAUACUUUAGCAUGUACUUCACAAAAUACCUCGGAACAUCAAGAUCGUCCUGGAUUUACUUCUGUUUCAACGACACAAAGGGAGAUUUAUGAAAAUACUGAUCAAAGGCAUGGUACUUCACGACCUCCCCCACAUCAUACACAUACAUCACAUGAGCAUACUCAUCAACGUAAUCAUUUACAAAACAUUUGGCCAAUGUCGAUAAUAGAAAUUAAUAGACAAAUAAUGAAUUCAUUAUAUACUAUUGAAGCAAAUAUUCCUCAUACAUAUCCUCAUUUAGUUUAUCCUAUCCAACAAGGGCAAAUGGAUUCAGCAAAUGUGAUUCCACAAAAUACUCAUAGUUCAUUUAUACGUCAAAUCCCUAUUACUGGAAAUCCUAUUUUUACAAGCCCGGUAGGAAGGUCAAAUGGAAGGCCAUAUGUUACUCAACCUGAACGUGUUGGAAUUUUUAAUCAUGUUCAACAAUCUGUUGUAGGUGAUAUAGAAGUUCGUAGACAGACAUUAGAGCAAUUUCAUGGAACCAAUCGAGCAGUUGGAAUGGCUGUGCCAUUUCUUCCUGGAUUUACCCCGUCAGAUUUUCAUUAUAUUCAAGCAUUCACACAUUAUGGAAUUCCUCAAGUUUCAUCAGAAGUAGCUCCUGUAGGAUUGUCAGCAGAAGAUAUAAAGAAAUUUACAACGAUUAUGCCUUUUUCAAAAGAUUCAAAUUGUGAUGAAAAUGAAUCAGAGAGAUGUACAGUUUGCCUUUGUGAUUUUGAUUCUGGUGAUGAAGUAAGAUCAUUAAAUUGUUCUCAUAGAUUUCAUGUUGAAUGUAUAGACCAAUGGUUAAGUAUUAAUAAAAAAUGUCCUUUGUGUCGUGAAGAUGUUGAUAAAGCAAGAGAUGUAAAUGAAGAACCUAGUGGCAGUGGAAGAAAUUUAAUCAACUCAACAGUUCAUCCAAAUGUACAUAGUCAAGCAACGAUUGUUGAUGUUUAA